UGGCCAUUUUUCUUUUUGAAGAGUUGGAUUUGCCGAUUUGAUACUGUUUGUUGACUUGGAGAUCAACUCAAGCCAAAUAUUCACAUUCUCUUCACUGUUAAAUCCAAGCAAUUAGCCCUCGCGCCACCGUUGCUGGUACCGCCGCCGCCGUGGCCGCUACUCACCACUCCACUUGCUCUCACUUCUCUAUUCUAUCAAAUCCGACCACGUAUAACCCUAAUUUCUCCAAAAUGCCCACGACCAUCACCACCUUCCUCCUCCUUCUCCUCCUCCUCCUCCUCGCCACCGCCACCUCAGUUCCAAUUCCGGGUAUAGACACCUUCCUUUCUCAACAAUCUCGUCUUGACCCAAAAUCCACUAAUGAUUCUUUCCAUUCCCUUUCUUCUUCUCUCAAAAAGUCUCUUUCCCUUGCCUCUCCUCACCCUCACAUACCUUCUCUAAUCUCUUCUCUUCUUUCUCUUUCUCUUCCUCUUUCCCUUCAUAUUCGUCUUGUCGGCUCUUCUUUCCCUCCUGACUCUUCCUCCCUCCUCAAUUCUUUCCUUUCCACCACUCACACCUCCGAUCACUUCCAUGUUAUCACCACCGAUCCUCCACCGGAACACCACUCUCACAAUCUCGCCAUUAAACAUUCUCCUCAUCUCGAUAUUUCCCACUCUGGUCCAGCCUUUGCGUCACGUCUCUUUGAUGCCCUUAAAGAGGCGAUUUCUUCUUCUCCAUCUUCGCUUCGUUCGCCUCUUCUUUCUAUUCCUUAUGAUACAAUUGAUCGUAUAAUUAAACCAGAGUUUGAUAAAGAAAAACCUAUUCAAGGGAUUUAUAUUUACUUGCUUUCUUUAGGAUCUCAAUCAAAAAACUAUGCAUAUACUUAUACACCAGGAGAUUCUUCUCCUGGUUUUACAAAAUGCUUAGGAACUAUUUGGACUGGUAAAGAAAGAUAUCUUUGGAUUGAUCUUUCUGCAGGUCCUGUCGAUUAUGGCCCUGCUUUGUCUGGAGAUGGGGUUUUGCCUAGAGGAGAGUUUCAUCCUUUAACAGCUAUGCAUGGCCGGCCCAAGUCUCAAAAGGCAAUGCUUGCAGAUUUGUCUUCUUUGAUUUGGAGUGCUUAUCAGGUAUUACUUGUGCCCUCUUUAAGAAUUCCCGUGCAUUUUGAGAAUUCUCUGAUAGUUGAGUUUGUACAUGUAUAUGGGUCUGAUAGUGGGAAGGAUCUUAGCGGAUUGGAUUGGAAAGCUAUUGAACAGACUUUUAGGGAUGAUGUUGAUGAUGGUGGGCUGUUGUUAGGUGAUCAAUCUUUGAUGUUUAGGAGCUACGGAAUUAAGUAUUCUGAGUGUUCUAUUUGCUCUUAUGCAAUUUCGCGGUCUAUUAAUUCAUAUACUUCAAGGUUUUUGUUUGAUAACUACACUUUGAUUGUGAGUGAGUAUUUGGACUCGAAAAGGUUGCAUCAAAUAUUAUCUGAUUCUGCUGAGGAGUUCAGGAGAAUGGCUGGGAUCCCUGAAGAGGAUUUUGGUAGAGUGCUUCCUGUUUAUGUGUUUGAUUUGGAUUAUAAUACCCUAUUGUUGCUUGAUCGGUAUCAUCAAUCGGUUGCAUUCAGGGAUAUGGUUAUUGCAGUGAGGACAAAGACUACUCAGACUGUUAGUGAUUACAGUUGCAAUGGACGUCACGUGUUUACACAUACUAGAGAGCUUGAGCGAUCACUUGUUGGUUCAAUUCUACAAAGUAUGUGGGGAGUGUCACCAACCCAUUUGUUAUGGAGUUCAAGGCAUAACAAUACUUUGGUUGAUUAUACUUGGAGUGUUGGGCAGACUCCAUUUGGGCCUUUCUCGGAGACUUCGUCACUGUCUUUUGUGCAGAGGGAUGCCGCUCGGAGAAAUGUUAUAUUGACGUCAAUGAAUUACAGUAUAACUAGCGCUAUUGAUGUUCUUGAGUCUAUAGUAGGACAUGGUGGUGACAGGAAUCUCCUUAAACAGAAUCAGCAUGCUGAGUUCAUACAGAGAUGGAAUCUGUUUAAGUACAAGCUGGACAAAGCAGUUUCUGCAAUGUCUCAUUUUGAUUUUGAGAUGGCUUUAUAUUACUUGAGGUCUUCAGACCAUGAUUUAUAUGCCAUUCAUUCUCUUGUUUACCAUGCUUCCCAGGAAUUGGAGGCAUCACUACGCUGUUUCAAGGAUCCGCCAUUUCCCUGGGGUUCAGUUUCAAUAUCAGCAAUAGGCUUCUUUGCACUGUUUUAUGUUUAUUCCAAAAGGGACAAACUUUUUAGAAAUAAAAGAAAGCAGUUUUGAUGCUCUCUAGAGGAAUAGAAUUUUGUAUCAUUUCAAUGCAAUACAGCACAUGUAUGUCUGUAAGACGAAAAGGUCUCAUGUCAGAAAUUAGUGUUCAGUUUUGCUGAAAAUUUUACUGCAGUUUAACCUAACAUUUUUCCCAGUUACUUGGUUGUUUCAAUUUUAUUCUGUAUUCUCAUAACUUCUAGAUGAAUGCCAGCAAUAUUUAGUUUAUUGGAA